GUGUCCAGAGGUUCUUGCCUUCUGCUAUUUCUACUUGUAUUAACAAGCUCCACUUCUGGAAAUCCCUUAUCCAAGAGUGAAGAGGUGGUACCUAAAAAGGUAAGUUGUUUAUUAUCUUAUCGAAAUUCCAUCUCCGUUCCAUUUUGCUUACUCCUCUACAGUAGUGAAGGAGGCUUCAAUGACCACUAACCAAUCAGAUUGCAGGAUUUGCAUCAUGUGACCGAAUGAAACAAUCAAAUUGCAAGAAAAAUUCAAAAAUGAUCAUCUCGUUUCUAACUGGUCCAUUGCUUGAUUGACAGUUCACACGACCAUUUUUGUGCAACUAGAUUGGUCCAUUUUCGGUCGCUUGAAGCAAAAAAUGCAAACUGAUUGGUUAGUUGCCACUUUAUUUUUUCUCGUUUAACGCAGAUAGUGGAUUUUACUGUUCACGUUACGGAGUCGGGAGUAGAGUACAACGAAACGAUUGAAGUGGAUACACAGAAGCAAACAGAGGUGUUCAAAGUUCCUGCUCACCCUGGCGUAGAUCGCAGUGAUGUCAUGCAUGAUUUUAAACAAGUAGGCUGAUCAUCUUUUAAAUUUGUUAACAGUUGCGGUUAGUAGUGUAGCGACUCUGAAUAGAGAGAAAUGAAGAGAGGGUUUAAUUUGAAAGGCCAAACCAUAGGACUCUUUGCUUAAACUAAUGUACGCAACAGGUUACUCUGGUGGCGAGGCUAAAUUUUUCACGAUGCAAAAUACCAUAAACAUGAUAUACCUUUCUACCACAUAACAACAAUAUGUGAAAUAUGUGUCUAAAAGACACAAACUCAGACCGUUUUUAACACUGUUUUCUGCAAACUUAUUUUAGGUUACUAUUUUACUUUGCCGAAUUUUGUAUAUUAUUUCUCUUUAACGCAGCCUAAUCGGUAAAUCGUUUAUUUGUUGUCACACAAUCCUUCUGUCUUUUUGUCUGCUUCUCUGCUCAAAGCUCCCUCCGGUCCUUUCCUCACUUUGAUUUUUUUAGACCUUUAACUUUAGUUAUAAUACAGUGAAACCCCUAUAAAGCGGACACCUUCGGGAUCUUCCAACGUUUGUAAAAAUGCGCAAUAUUUGUGAACAGUUAACAUUCAAUUGUUACUCUGUACUGUGAUAAAGUUCCAUGUUGUUAAGGAAGCUAAGGAAGCUGUGCUGUAUUUUGUGCAAGACUUUUAGGUGAACUUUUAUCGCGGAUGACAAUCAUAGAGCCGGAUAUCGGUCUAAUCUACAGUUUAUGGACAGCCACGUAAAUGUAUUGAUUUAUCCUUAUUAAUCGACUACAGUACGUAUUUCAAGGGCGUAAUGCAAUACUACUAUUGUCAGUUCAGUCUGGUGUCCGCUUAAUAGAUGUUUUCAACAAUAGAAAUUAACCAAAUACAAUUUAUUUUAGUCCGCGUCCGCUUAAUAGAGGUGUCCGCUGAAUAGGGGUUCGUUAUAAAGGGAAAUAUUUAAGCAAUAGACCACACUUUCACCUCUCUCCCCAGUCCCCCUCUACUUUUUAUCGCUUUCUUUACUUCGCACCGCUCUCCACUAUCUGAACGCUUGGAACAGGCUACACUUUCUAUGGGUUUACCGGCGUGAUAACCCACUUGCUUUUAUAAAUAACUUAAAGUUUUCUAUGAGUUUACAGGCACAAUAAACCAUAGGUUUUUAACCAAUCAGAACGCGCGUACUAUCUCAGUUAUUAUAUAAAAGACGUUAAUUUAGGGACCCGGCUUAGUGUCCGCAACCCUGGGUACUGCAGAGGUUUUUUCUUGCGUUCGACGAGGAACUUCGUCGGCUGCAGGCUGAGUCAGUUGUUUUAAAGACUUAACCGAAACCGGAAACCGCGCAUGAAAAGCCUCUGGCACGCAGGUUAAUAGAGGGUGUGCGCUUAAUUGAGGUUUCACUGUAUCAUUAUUUUCAAAAUUGAUCUUUCCUGGCAGAAAUUAACGCUGAUGCGACUUCCGGACAAAAAAAUGUGUUAUCUGAUGCCUCUGCCAAACGAUUUAUCCAAGCCAGAGAAACUUAUUAGAGAUCUUGAGAAAGUCGAGCAGGUGAGACUCCCAGGGCCGGACACUCUACUAAUUGGCCCGCUAAACAGGAUAUCGUUUUCAUGACCUUGAGACUUAAACAAAUCAUUUUCCGUCAUUUAUAAAUGUCUAAUUAUUAGACUUUUUAACCUAAAAUUGUUAACACAACUAGACUAUAAUUCCAGGUUUUUAUCGAUAACAGGAAACGUUCAUUAUCUAGUACUUAUAUUUUACUCUACCAUUUCAAAGUUGUGUGUACACUGAAAGCUGUUGACAUACUGGUCGCCCUGUUCCCCCUUAAAACACGGAUGUAGUUAACAUCUGUGGUACAAAGACUGAGGAGGUGAGACAGCUAUGAAAAAACGAAACAACCAAACAAACAACAACAACAAAAAUUGGUUAAGUGAAUUUGACCGAUAUUUCGUAUUAAAGGAUCAAUUUUAAUACGGUACUUUUUUACUUAGCAUUCAAUAUUUCACUGAUCCAGAUGAACCUUGCUUUUAUCAGAUAUUUUUAUAGUUUUCAUAAAUCUACGCUUCGCGUUGUUUAUUCCACCAGGUUGUUAUCAACAGUACCAAACGCAUUGACAGCACAUGGAUUUUGAAUGGAGAACUAACCGAACGGUCAUUUCUCAGCGAUGAUUUACAGCAGUAUUGCACUGAAUUUCCGAUAUACCUAGUGAAAAAGGCGCAAAACUCAUUGGCUGUAAAAGGAGUACAAGAGGCCGGUAAGAAUCUUCACUCUUAG